AAGAGAUCUACAAAGAUUGAGAUUUCUAUUUUCAGGAUAUGGCCGUAGAAGACGAUGUAUCUUCUUCGAUAAGAACGACCACGCUAGUGGCUCCAACAAGACCCACGAUCACUGUUCCUCAGAGGCCCCCGGCGAUCGAAACGGCGGCUUAUUUCUUUGGCGGUGGAGAUGGGCUUAGCCUUAGCCCAGGUCCACUUUCCUUUGUCUCUUCUUUCUUCGUUGAUAGCUUCCCUGACGUGUUGACACCGGAUAAUCAACGAACGACGUCGUCCUUCUCUCAGCUUCUCGCCGGGGCUAUGUCGGUGUCUCCUGGCGCUGGCGGCGGAGGACGUUCUACGGCGGGGAUGUUCCCCGGAGGAGGUCCGAUGUUUACAGUCCCUUCUGGUUUCAGCCCUUCUAGUCUUCUCACCUCUCCCAUCUUCUUUCCUCCUCAUCAGCAGUCAACAGCUCAGACCAGCUUUGUCCAACCCCAGCCUCAACCUCAUCAACCACAACGACAAGACACAUUUUCACACCAUAUGCCGACAUCGACAUCCACCGCCAUCCAUGGCCGUCAAUCUUUUGAAGUUUCGCAAGCCGACCAAAGAGCUCGAAACCAUCAUAAUAAUCCGGCCAAUAAUAGCCGGUCGUAUAAUGUGGUAAAUGUUGAUAAACCGGCGGAUGACGGUUACAACUGGAGGAAGUACGGACAAAAGCCUAUCAAAGGGUGUGAAUAUCCAAGGAGUUAUUACAAAUGCACACAUGUUAACUGUCCGGUUAAGAAGAAAGUUGAAAGGUCGUCGGAUGGACAAAUCACUCAGAUCAUUUACAAAGGUCAACAUGAUCACGAGAGGCCUCAGAAUCGCCGUGGAGGUGGAAGCAGAGAUUCCGUUGAGGCUGGUGAUCAUAUUCAUUUCGUUGUUGGUGGUGCAGGGCAUGUGAUGGAAUCUAGUGAUGAUAGUGGUUAUGGUAAGGAUCAUGAUGAUGAUAACAAUGACGAUGAUGAUGGUGAUGAAGAUCUUCCGGGUUCAAAGAUAAGGAAAAUAGACGGUGUGUCGACGACUCACCGGACGGUGACCGAGCCAAAGAUAAUUGUCCAGACAAGAAGUGAAGUGGAUCUUCUCGACGAUGGUUAUAGGUGGCGCAAGUACGGACAAAAAGUUGUCAAAGGAAAUCCCCAUCCAAGGAGCUACUAUAAAUGUACAACGGCGAAUUGUACGGUGCGCAAACAUGUAGAGAGAGCUUCAACCGAUGCUAAGGCUGUGAUUACAACUUACGAAGGUAAACACAACCACGACGUCCCUGCCGCAAGAAACGGUACUGCCGCGGCUGGGACGUCCGACCAACAUCGUAUGAGAUCAAUGUCCGGGAACAAUAUGCAACAAAACAUGAGCUUCGGUAGCAAUAAUAAUAACUCAGGCCAGUCUCCGGUUCUAUUGAGACUGAAAGAAGAGAAAAUUACUAUUUGACUAAUAUAAACCGAAGAUCUCGAGAUUGAUUUAGGAUUGGUUUAGCUUCUCGGUACGUGAUUGAUUUUGAACCAGACUACUACUGAUUGAUGACUUGCAUAACAAGUGUGAUGUGAAUUGAGUGCAUGCUUUUAACUAAAGAAAAUAAAUAUGUCUUUCUUCUUGAUUUGUUUGUAUCUAAUCAUUGUUUGAAAAUA